CUCUUCUUCUUCUUCCCGAAAGCCCCAAGCCCCCGACAGCCUCCUCUUGAAAAACCCGUGAGAAGCUUGUGUUUUUUCCCCUUGUUUUCUUGUCCAAAAACCAGAUUUGAGCUUAGAAACCUUCUCCCCUGCUGGAAAUUCCAGAUCUGCCUUGCUCUGCUUGUCUUCACCGCCGGCUGCUAUGUGGGUGGGUGAUUUCUGGGCUUUUUCCGAAUUUUCUGCAAUUGCCGCCGGCUCCCUCACCAGCCAAGCCCGGUUUCUACAGCUGGGAAUUUUGGUAUGUUGACAGCCCCUCCAAGCCCCGAAUUUGUCCAUUUAUUUGCUGAUUUGUGUGUCCGAAAAUCUGCUGGAAAUACGGGAGAAAAUUGAUAGUAAUUAAACCAUGAUUUAGCUUAAUUUAAGUGGGAUUUAUGUGAUUGAGUGUUAAUUGUCUGCUGUGUGAUUUUUGGAGAAAAUCCUGUGGAAUUAGCUAGUGUUUUGGCCAAUUUGUGAAAGUCGGGGUUACUGUUCACGUCGUGAGCACUGUUCACGGGUACUGUUCAUAGGCACUAUUCACACCCCGAGAGUCGACAAUUAACGGGGAUUUAAAUGAUUAGUUUGUGAUAUAAGAACGAAUUUGGAGAUAUUUGAUCACGUGGAGAUUUAUGGAAAUAGCUUUGUGAUUAGGAAUGAUCCUAAUGAUGAUUUCAGUGUGAAUUUGUGAUAGUGGUAUUAAUUCUUGGAAUAUUUUGAUUAGGUUCUUGAUCGUCCUGUCAGUUUAGUACGUGAAUUGAGUGCUCGGUUUUGUGGAGUGAGGUAAGUAAAAUUAUGGUAACGCCCUUCGACUUUUCAAGCAUGUUUUGAUUUGUUUUUGAAAUGGUGGCGGGACUAAACCCGUUUUACACAA